UGACUGACUGACUGACUGCACACAGCAGAGCGUGAGGCCGUUCACUGCUUCACUGCCCCGUGCUCACUGACACACACUCGCUGACUGCCGCUCACUCUGACAAACACACACACAGACACACUCUCACUGCCUUUCUUCUCUCUCUCUCUGUCUGUCUGUCUCUCUCUCUCUCUCUCUGUCGCAAACACACACCGGCUCUCUCCCUCCCAUACUCGCUCACUCCCUCUCUCUUUCUCUUCAGUAUCACACACACUCACACAUACACACACAUACACGCACACAGUCCGUUACCAACCCUCAUUCAACUCCCUCUCAGCCACGGGUCAGCAGCUCAGACAGGCAUCGCAAGGUGCACACACACACACACACACACACAACACACACACACACACAACACGCACACACACACUCGCACACACAUACAAACAUACUUAACACACACUCAAACAAAAUACACAUAUUUAUACACACAAAGACAAACAAACACUCACUCUUGCACAUACACACACACACACACACACACACAUACACACGCACACACACACAUGCGCAUCCUCAUACAGCCCAGGACUUUAUAUGUGGUACGGGAAAAGAAGACCUCAGUCCAAGGAGGAGAAGAAACGGAGAAACAAGGAGCGACACUAAAGACGAACUUUUAAAGGUGGAUUCAAUAAUAACAACACUAAAAGGAUUGGACCAACAGAAUCGAAGACUGGAGACAAGAUAAGACUGAUGAUGAGAACUGGAGAGACUUUCCCAAGCUUGUUGCUGUAGGAAAGGCCUGCUGUCAGUAGAGAUUGGUCGUCUGUGACAUCCAGAGGAUCAGUGAGUGCCAUUUCCCUCCCUUCUCUCUUCAGGACUCCCACCCUCUUGUCAUCUCUCCACUGGGACAUCUCCCCAUCAUCAGCAUGCCUACAGCUUGCACAAGGUGCACCUUGGGAGUCUGACCCACCAUGUGCAGAUGGACGCCGUCCGUAGCUCAUCUCUGUCCUAAACCUGGCCUUGGCACCACCACUACUGAAGCCUCUGCCGGACGUCCUCUCCCCCUAUCCAGUGCAGCCUCCCUUUGCCUGGCAUGCUUCACCCUGCUCCUGGUCACCGCUGGCACCGCCACAGGGGCCUGUCCUCCUGGGGUUGGACAUGAACCCCUUCAGGUGCUGGCGAGUGGCAUCAACUGUUCAUGGACGUUGGAAAGGCACACUCGCAGUUACAAUCACCUAGAGGGCGACGUCCGACUACGGCGACUUUACUCUGCCAACAAGUUCUUCCUCUGUAUUGACAAAGCAGGCAAGGUGGACGGCACUCGGCGGAAAAACUUCGCAGACAGCCUGAUGGAAAUCCGAUCUGUCAGUGUGGGAGUUGUUGCCAUCAAAUCUGUCAGCACUGGGCUGUACUUAGCUAUGUCCAAGAAAGGCACGCUCUUUGGAUCGGUGAAGUACAACCCUAGCUGCAAGUUCAAGGAGCGCAUUGAGGAGAACGGCUACAACACAUACGCCUCCCUCCGUUGGAAGCAUGGUGGCAGGCAGAUGUUUGUUUCGCUGAACGGGCGGGGGAAGCCACGGCGAGGUCACAAGGCUCGACGAAGACACCCGUCCACUCAUUUCCUGCCCAUGCUCCCCUCCUAGCUGCCCACGUCUGAACUCUGACCGGCAACCGGCUGGCUCGCCUGCCUCCUCACACUAGCGUUGAUCUAGUCAGGACGGCAAUCUUUAUUUUUGUUGCUCCAUUUCUCCUGUCACAUAAAUGUAUAUUUGUUGAGGGUUGUAACUUUUGUAGAGUUAGCAUAAUAUGUACUUUUAAGUUAUUUUCUCAAUUUUCUAACUAUUUUCAGUAAUACAGGAAAAUAUGCAGUAGAAUUAUACUAUCUUCAGGCAUCCGUCUGGCUACAGUAUUUUUUCGGUGUGUCUGAACUGCAUGUACAGCGGUGUUUGGGUGACUUUGGGUGGCUGUGAGAGGACUGAAAAUGGACAGCAUUGCUUGGAAACAACAAAAUUUGGCUCCCUGAUUUGUUACUUAGCUUAUUUUAGAUGGUCUGCUAAAUAGGAACAGAAGCAUCUGGUACAGGAAAAAUUACAUUUUGAUUUUAAGUAUUGCUAUUAAAACAUAAAAGAAGAAAAUUUGAAAUAGCUACAAAUCAGGGUCAUAGGAACACUGACGUGCUCUGUAUUUUGGUGGGUUGGGGGUCACACUCUACAAUUCAACUUUUAUGAUGUAUGACAUGUUAAACAUAUUUCUCAUCUUCAUCACAUGUGGACCACCGUUUCACAUUUGAAAAAUUCCCAUAUUGAUUGAUUUUUGGUUGUUUUACAUGGGAAAUCUAUAAUGUUAUAUGCAAAAAAAUAAACAUUUAAUAUUACAUGUGCAACGCCAUUUCACAUAAUGAUAAAUUCACAUGGUACAUGGUUUAUUACACGGGAAAGAGCAUUACACUGAAUUCACAUAUAGCGUUUCAUAUGUGCUAUUUUUGUAAGGCUAAGGAGCAAUUUCAGGCCAACAAAAGUACAUACAUGAAUAAUAAAAUUUGUAUUUCUCUAGCAAAAUUUGAUUUAUGACGAGGGCUUAUAUAAUUAAAAUAUAACAUGAGAAAUCCAAAUAAUUAAUGAACAAUUGCCCUCAGUAUUUCUAAAAAAAAUCUUGCUACAAAUCCAAUAUUUUACUGUUGCUUGGGAUAUACUGUACUGACACUACUGGAUAAGAGACACUGACUUUUACCUGAACUGAACAGAGAAGAUGAAAAUCUCUACAGACUCAGACACAUUGAUACAAGUAAUUGUCUACAUACUAUAUGACAAGGAUUUAACAGAAACUAAGCUAACUACUGGGAUAACAUGCUGGAUUUACUGAGAUGACCUUUGUAUGUUUUGCAUGCUUCUGUCCGACGGCUUCUCUCAUUCAACAACCCACAGCUAAUAGAUUAGGAAUCGUUUUGAGUCAUUUAAUGCAUUAUAGCAGCCAUAGCAGAUGUCACAUAUACACAAUAGUAAAUGGUUAUUACGUACUGCCUCUCGGUUAAAUCUUGCUAACAUUUUCUCAACAACAAGGCUGUGGCUAAUAGAACAUUUAAUAUAUUUAAAACAUUUUGUACUCUUUAACUGUUGGAAGUUGAUGUUUAUUGUAAUUGUCAACUUUUUUGUGUUGGAUUGUAGUCAUACUGUUAAAAAAAAAGAAGGGAAAAAAGUGUUCGCAUUCAAGUCCAUAUUCAGCACAUUUUGUAUGGUACUGGGUAUCGGUACAUUUGUGUUCCACUUAUCAUAAACAGUGUCAGCUGUAGGCCAGUAAUGGUAGUUUGUAUAUAAGUUUCAGAACAAACUGUCUUUAGAUUUAUUUCAGCAAAAUAAAAUCAUUUGAGUGCCUUGGUCGAUGCUGAAUUAGAUAAACAUCAAUAAAAAAUGUGAAUA